GUCGGCAACACGACCUAACAGGUGCUCACAACAACGGUAGGACCGCACUGCCGCGGCACGGGCGCACAGCAGCUGACACGGACGCAGAAAACACCGUUGUUCUUCUCGCCUUGAGUUUGCCAUCAACUACGCACGAGAGGGCAGAGCAGGGAAACGUGCACGCCGUUCGAGACGACAUGAUGACGGUAAGCAUGUCCGCGACCAAGAUCAUGUUGGUUGUCGUUGUGUUCCUGGCAGGCAAAGCGGAAUCGUUCGUGCACGUCGCAUCAUGCUCGAGCCGAGCAGAAGUAGCAACGACAGCUAUGGCUGCUACAUCAUCACCAGUCGGGGGAGCAGGAGAAGGGGCAGGGCUGACGCGGGCCGAGGCUAUUCGACGCACAGUCGCAGGGUCCCAAGCCCUAGCUGCGGCAGGGGUGCUGAUCGGAGGAUCGGCCCGAGCGUUGGCCGAGGAAGAGAUGAAGGACGAGGUGCAACAGUUCGCCGAGCUGCGUGGGGAGGUGGAGAAGAAGGGACGGGAAGCAGCGGUGAAAGAAAACCUGGCCCUGCUGUCCGAAGCAACAGCCGGCCUCAAGACUCUCGACGUCUUCAUUGGGGAGAAAGACUACAAGGGGCUUCGCCUCGCCAUGCGCAACCCUCCUAUCGCCAACCUCAGAUCCAGCGCCAGGAAAGUCAUCAUCGGCAUUGAUAACAAAGACGCAGAAGAGAAGGCAACGUCCGUUUACAAGGCUUUGAUCACGUCGGUGGACAAGCUGGAUGGCAUUGCCAGCAGGGGCAUGAAGGAGAAGGAAGGGCUCAAGGACGACGAGGAGAUCAUGGAGGUCUACCGCACCUGCGUCGAGCGAGGGUCUGACCUCAUCACUUUCCUCCCAAAGAUUCUCUAGAUAUCCACCUCAGGCAGCAUGCUGGAUUGGGGUCUGGUGUUUGUGUUUAUUGACACGUGUGUCGCUCCUGCCUAAGUUAGACUAUUUGUAGUUGCAACAGUUAUGGUUCGCGAAGUUUGCGUCGGCGAAAGGGUGCACGCAACUGUUCCAAGGCGGCUCCUGAAGUGCACACGGCAUCGUACUGUGUGGCAGCACAAGCUGCAUGUCUAUCUGUGAAACGAUUGUAGCACUCUUUGAUUUUGGGCGUGCCAGAGGGGAUCGGGUUGUUUGAACAUGUGUAGACUGUUUGUUUGAAGUACAUGUAUGCCACUUUUUUACAACCAAGGGAGACCCAAUAGUCUGUAGUACUGCUUCGAGAUGGGGAUCGGCAAGCAAGAUGCUCGCGGAAGCCUUUAGUUUAGGGUUCAACUGUUUGUCGCAAGCCCCAGUGGGUGAUGGUAACCGUGUCGCCAAUCAAGCCAAGACCGUCCUGCUCGCCGCCUCUUUGUCAAAA